CACACAGUGUUGUGUUUGACAAUAUAGAAUAUCUAUUUCGAUUCACCAUAAUUUGGUUUCAUUGUGAAAAUCAUUUGUCAUUAGAAAAUUCAUCAGAUUAACACCUAGAUCAACGAUGACAUCUUCAGCCGGUCAAUCAAAAAAACGUGUUUGCUAUUAUUAUGAUGGUGAUAUUGGAAAUUAUUAUUAUGGCCAAGGACAUCCAAUGAAACCACAUCGAAUUCGUAUGGCUCAUAAUUUGAUUCUUAAUUAUGGUCUUUAUAGAAAAAUGGAAAUAUAUCGGCCGCAUAAAGCGACUCAAGAGGAAAUGACCAAAUACCAUAGCGAUGAUUACAUCCGAUUUUUAAAAAGCAUUCGUCCGGAUAACAUGAGCGAAUAUAAUAAACAGAUGCAAAGAUUCAAUGUCGGUGAGGAUUGUCCUGUUUUUGAUGGUCUCUAUGAAUUCUGUCAACUUUCGGCCGGUGGCUCGGUUGCUGGAGCGGUAAAACUCAAUAAACAAGCAACUGAUAUUGCUAUAAAUUGGGGCGGUGGAUUGCAUCACGCGAAAAAAUCUGAAGCUUCUGGAUUUUGCUAUGUAAACGAUAUUGUAUUAGCCAUAUUGGAAUUGCUUAAAUAUCAUCAACGUGUACUUUACAUUGAUAUCGAUAUUCAUCAUGGUGAUGGAGUUGAAGAGGCAUUCUAUACCACUGAUCGUGUCAUGACAGCUUCUUUUCAUAAGUAUGGUGAAUAUUUUCCUGGAACUGGCGAUCUUCGCGACAUUGGUGCUGGUAAAGGCAAAUAUUAUGCUGUCAAUUUUCCACUACGCGAUGGCAUCGAUGACGAAGCCUAUGAAGGAAUUUUCAAACCUUUGAUCUCAAAAGUUAUCGAAAUGUUUCAACCAAGCGCCAUUGUUUUGCAAUGUGGCGCCGAUUCUCUUUCUGGAGAUCGUUUAGGUUGCUUUAAUCUUACGUUAAAAGGUCAUGGCAAAUGUGUUGAAUUUGUUAAAAAAUUCAAUUUGCCUCUUUUAUUGGUCGGUGGUGGUGGCUAUACUAUACGUAAUGUUGCACGCUGUUGGACCUAUGAAACGGCAGUAGCUUUGGAUACAGAAGUAUCUAAUGAAUUACCUUACAAUGAUUACUUUGAAUAUUUUGGUCCAGAUUUCAAACUUCAUAUCAGUUCAUCAAAUAUGACUAAUGCAAAUUCUCCGGAUUACCUGGAAAAGAUAAAAACUCGUUUAUUCGAGAAUCUUCGUAUGUUGCCUCAUGCCCCUGGUGUACAAUCACAAGCUAUUCCUGAAGAUGCUGUUGAUGUUGAAAUGGAAGAUGAGGAUGAAAAACAGAACCCAGAGGAACGUAUCAGCAUUAGAGCAUCGGAAAAAAGAAUCUCGAAUGAAAAUGAACAUUCCGAUAGCGAAGAUGAAGGUGACAAUCGAAAAGAUUCACGAAAUUAUAAAAAAUCCAAGAAAGUAAAAACCGAAAGCAAUUCCAAUAAUGAAAAGGAUAAAAAAGAAUCGAAUGAGAGUAAUGAAAAAUCUGCUACGAAUACUGCUUCUUCUACUGGUUCGGGUGCAACAAACUCUGAAACUACACCUGCUACCAUUGUAAUCAACACCGAAAAUACUGAAGAUAAAAAAUGAGCCAAUUCCUAUUAAAUAAAUUAUUCAUUUUUUAGCAUCAAAAAACCCAAUUUCUACAUAUAUUACACAUUUCUGAUAAUUUUAAAUUAAAUUUCAUUUUAUUUCGAA